UUGUGAAAUAUCUGUAAAUAAAGCUUGUAGAAAGAGAUAAGCAUUAGAGAAAUAGUUAUUCCAAAAUUUUAUGAUAUCUCAGUUUUCUUCCUUCCAAAACUCGUUGUAAAUCAUGGCACAGACAAGUAGAACAUAUUGAAAAAACUCACAAACUAUCAGCAGGAUGGCGAAAGGUGGCGCCCUAUAUCUGCCUGCGAGCAGGUCAAUGAAGCAAGCGUUUUUCUCACGUGCACGUGCUUUUUCUUCACGUGUUUUUUUUUCAAUAUGGCCGACGCAGAAGGAGUUGGAAAAGUUGAAACAGUUAAAAAGAAAAGAAAACGUGUUAGUAAGAAAUCUAAACGUAGCUGGAGGAAAAAUGUUGAUAUAACAGAUGUUGAAGAAUAUUUAGAUGAAGUUAGGAGACAAGAAAGAACUGGAGGAAUAAUAUCACACAAGAAAAACGAAGAAUUAUUUUAUGUUGCCAAGAAUACUGACGAGAAAGAAGAAAGAGAAAACGUAAAAUCUGCGAAGGCUAAAAAAAGGAAGUUGGUGAAAAAUGAUGAAAGUUCAGACGAGUCUGAUGAUGAAAGAAGACAGAAGAAUCUUUUACUCAGAAAUCACCAAAAUAAACUUCAGAAAACUGAGUUAUAUGAUUUAUGGAGUCCUAAUGAUGACAAAACAAGUAAGAGCAAAACUGAAACUUAUGAAAAUGAACAUUAUUUAAAAACUACAAAGAAAAUGACAGUUAAGCAACCUAAGACAGCAUACAAAAUACGAAGUACAGCACCAGCUUUAGCAGUCUGCCAUCCUGGGGCUUCAUACAAUCCAGCAUUUGAGGAUCAUCAGGAAUUGUUGAUGACCGCAUGUGAGGUUGAAAUAAUGAAACAGAAAGACAUUGAUAAGAUAAAAAGGCAGCUUCAACUACCAUCUGAAGAAGAAUUGGCAAAACUUCCAAGUUGGGAAGAAGAAAUGAGUCAGGGUUUGUUUGAUAAACAUGAAGAUAAAAAUAAUGAAAGUGAGAAUGAUGAUGAUAAUGAUGAUGUAUUGAUGUUGCCUUCCAAUGGUAAGAAGGACAGAAAGACUAAGAAAGAUAAAAAGAGAGCAAAUGAAAGAAAGAAAGAGGAAGAAAGUUCAAAGGAGAUGCAUCGCAGAAAGGUGAAGGAGAAUGAGAUUUUCAGAAUGAAGUCAAUCAAAAGGACUAUCAAGAAAGGUGAAGAGAAAACACAGAAACGACAAGAAGAGAAGCAAAAGAAAAUGAUUGAAGCAUCAUCAAAACCACAGCGAUUAGGAAGACAAAAAUUUGAAGAAAUGAAUAUUGAAGUUCAGUUAACCAACGAACUGAGAGGAAGCUUGAGGAAUCUGAAGCCAGAAGGCAAUCUCUUCGAAGAUCGUUUCAAAAAUUUGCAGCGUCGAAACAUCAUUGAACCUAGAAGACCUGUCAUGCCACAUCGUAAAUACAAGUUAAAAGAAUACGAGAAGCGUUCGUACAAGAACUUUGACCUUCAAGAAAAACUGAAGAAGAAAAAGACAAAGAAUUAGGUCAGUGGAAAAUCUUCGUGUGAGUAAUGUUCUUCUGUUGUGAUAUGAGAUUUGAUAAACAUGAAAGCUUUCUUCCAUUCCUCGUAAUCUCAUAACAUCGUGCCGUGCGUUAAAAUGCCCCAGGAACAUAGUGCGCGUUUUCAAGAGCAUAAUGAAUGAACUGAUUCAGGUGUUGGAGAGGAAAUUAUAUUCCAACCCGCGUGAAAAAUACGUAACGGUCGCGUGAUCUCGAGAUUAAGGUCUUGAUCUUCUUCAUAGAAAAGUACGUCAAUAUGACAAAGCCGUAAAGAGUAUUACGAAAGGUCAAUAAUCGGAUAUUUUUAAUCGCAUUGUUUGAUUGAAACGUCCUUUCGUUAAUUGGGUUUCGUAAUUACAGUUACGAAGAUACUGAACAUAUAUAUUUUAACAUUUAAAUAUUGCAUUGUGGGAUGUAAUGAUCAUAGAAUGGACGGUGAUCUGAUAAUAUUAUGCAAGAAAUUUUUAAUGA